GCCAGCACUCCAUAUAAGACAUGACAGCAAAAGAUUCUUCAAAAGAACUUACUGCUUCUGAAUCUGAGGUUUGCAUAAAGACUUUCAAGGAGCAAAUGCACUUAGAACUUGAGCUUCCAAGACUACCGGCAAACAGACCUACAUCUCCUAAAAUUUCUCCACGCAGUUCGCCAAGGAACUCACCCUGCUUUUUCAGAAAGUUGCUGGUGAAUAAAAGCAUUCGGCAGCGUCGUCGCUUCACUGUGGCUCAUACAUGCUUUGACGUGGAAAAUGGCCCUUCCCCAGGUCGGAGCCCGCUGGACCCCCAGGCCAGCUCCUCUUCUGGGCUGGUUCUUCAUGCCACCUUUCCCGGGCACAGCCAGCGCAGAGAGUCCUUUCUGUACAGAUCAGACAGCGACUAUGACUUGUCACCCAAGGCGAUGUCGAGAAACUCUUCACUUCCAAGUGAGCAACAUGGCGAUGACUUGAUUGUAACACCUUUUGCCCAGGUCCUCGCCAGCUUGCGAAGUGUGAGAAACAACUUCACUCUGCUGACAAACCUUCACGGAACAUCCAAUAAGAGGUCUCCAGCUGCUGGUCAGCCGUCUGUCUCCAGAGUCAACCUGCCAGAAGAAUCUUAUCAAAAAUUAGCAAUGGAAACGCUAGAGGAACUGGACUGGUGCUUAGACCAGCUAGAGACCAUACAGACCUACCGCUCUGUUAGUGAGAUGGCAUCUAACAAGUUCAAAAGAAUGCUGAACCGGGAGCUGACACACCUUUCAGAAAUGAGCCGAUCAGGGAACCAGGUGUCUGAAUACAUUUCAAAUACUUUCUUAGACAAACAGAAUGACGUGGAGAUUCCAUCUCCCACCCAGAAAGACAGGGAGAAAAAGAAAAAGCAACAGCUCAUGACACAGAUAAGCGGAGUGAAAAAACUGAUGCAUAGUUCAAGCUUAAAUAAUACAAGCAUCUCACGCUUUGGAGUCAACACGGAAAAUGAAGAUCAUCUAGCCAAGGAGCUGGAAGACCUGAACAAAUGGGGCCUUAACAUCUUCAAUGUGGCUGGAUAUUCACAUAAUAGGCCCCUAACAUGCAUCAUGUAUGCCAUAUUCCAGGAAAGAGACCUCCUGAAGACAUUCAAAAUCUCAUCCGACACCUUUGUUACCUACAUGAUGACUUUGGAAGACCAUUACCAUGCAGAUGUGGCAUAUCAUAACAGCCUACAUGCUGCUGAUGUGGCCCAGUCAACCCAUGUUCUUCUUUCUACGCCAGCUUUAGAUGCAGUCUUCACAGAUUUGGAAAUUCUGGCCGCCAUUUUUGCAGCUGCUAUCCAUGACGUUGAUCAUCCUGGAGUCUCCAAUCAGUUUCUCAUCAACACAAAUUCAGAACUUGCUUUGAUGUAUAAUGAUGAGUCUGUGUUGGAAAACCAUCACCUUGCUGUGGGUUUCAAACUGCUCCAAGAAGAACACUGUGACAUCUUCCAGAAUCUCACCAAGAAGCAACGUCAAACACUCAGGAAGAUGGUUAUUGACAUGGUCUUAGCAACUGAUAUGUCCAAACACAUGAGCCUGCUGGCCGACCUGAAGACAAUGGUAGAAACAAAGAAAGUUACAAGUUCUGGUGUUCUUCUCCUGGACAACUAUACUGAUCGUAUACAGGUUCUUCGCAACAUGGUACACUGUGCAGACCUGAGCAACCCCACCAAGUCCCUGGAAUUGUAUCGACAGUGGACAGACCGAAUCAUGGAGGAAUUUUUCCAGCAGGGAGACAAAGAGCGGGAGAGGGGAAUGGAGAUCAGCCCCAUGUGUGAUAAGCACACAGCUUCCGUGGAAAAAUCCCAGGUGGGUUUCAUCGACUACAUUGUCCAUCCCCUGUGGGAGACCUGGGCGGACCUGGUCCAGCCUGAUGCCCAGGACAUUCUGGAUACUUUAGAAGAUAACAGGAACUGGUACCAGAGCAUGAUACCCCAGAGCCCCUCCCCACCUCUGGACGAGCAGAACAGAGACUGCCAAGGCCUGAUGGAGAAGUUUCAGUUUGAACUAACCCUCGAAGAGGAGGAUUCUGAAGGCCCCGAAAAAGAUGGCGAGGGCCACAGCUAUUUUGGCAGCACAAAGACGCUCUGUGUGAUCGAUCCGGAAAAUAGGGGUCCUCUGGGAGAGACUGAGGUAGAUAUCACCACGGAAGACAAGUCCCCGAUCGACACAUAAUCUCCCUCUUCAUGCGGAGAUGAACAUUCCACCCUUGACAAGCAUGCCAGCUAUAUGGUAGGGCCAGCCCACCAUGGGGGCCGAGGCCCGCACGGGACAAGGGCCAUGCGGCCUUUCCAGUUACUUGAGUUUGGAGCCAGAAUGCAAGACCGUGAAGCAAAUAGCAGCAGCCCAGGAAGUUCCACAGUUGACUUGCCUUGCUUGCAAGCUGAGUGGAGAGCUGAAGCUUUCUAUGGUUCUGGAGGCCAGCUGUGCAUCACGACCGAAUAGCUUGAAAGUGGAAGACACCAAACUGAGAGAUUUUUCUGCACUAUGUUUUGGGCAUCUGUCCCCUCUGGUGACUGAACUGACUAAUAAUGUCAUUUCUAAAUCUGCUUACCUGUCCCCUUGUCUGCCAACCUGUGUGCCUUUUUUGUAAAACAUUUUCACGUGUUUAAAAUCCUGUUGAAUACCUAGAAUUUAGUAUCAGCUUCUACACAGAUAAGCAUUACAAGCUGACAAAAACUUUUUUGACUCUUUCUGAGGGGAAAAAAAAAGGAAAGUAAAUUGUCUUCCUUCUUUCUUGGGCAAUAUCUUUUACUCAACUACAGUUACUUUUGCAAAUAGAAAGGCUACACUUCUAACCACAUUCAACUUCCUUCCCCUAUGGUCCCAAACAACUCCUCAGUUGCCCUUAUAACAGAUCUCUGCCUGCCUGCUCUGAACAGUACUUUUUCUCCUCUAGAAUUGCACUUCUUUGCUGUAAAUGGAAUAAAGUUGAACAGACUAAGGGGUAGGAAUGGGUAGUUGUCUUGUCCACAGUAACAGUCUGUGUAGAAUUCAGCUUCACAAGGCAAUUGCCCUGCUGGGUCCUGAACCCCUGUGCGGCUGGGGUUGCACGAUCCCCAUCCUGUUCUCUUGUUCCCCUCUUCAUGCUCACACCAGUUACACUGUUUCCAAUUUAAUGCUGCCGUCUUUCUCUUGCACUGCCUUCUGUGCUAACACCUCCAUUUCUGUUUAUAACUGUGUAUUUAUUACUUAAUGUAUAUAAUGUAAUGUUUUGUAAGUUAUUAAUUUAUAUAUCUAACAUUGCCUGCCAAUGGUGGUGUUCAAUUUGUGUAGAAGACUCUGCCUAAGAGUUGCAACUUUUCUUGUAACGUUUUGUAUUGUGUAUUAUUAUAUAACCUGAACAUCACUGAAGAGAUGUCCCCCUCGCCAGUUGGGUCUGCCCUUUUCCUGGUCCGAGUUGCUAAUACUGCUCAACUCCUUCACAAACUGGUUUUGAAAACAGGAUUCUCACAUUAGAUACUAAUGGUUUCUACUGAGCUUUUACUUUUGUAUAGUUUGAUGGGGCGCCGGGGCAGUGGGCUGUGGUUUUUACCCCUGUUCUAUUCAGAUCUGUACACACUGAGUUGAGUUUUAACUGAGUUCUACUAUAAUUGAGGCUUCAGUUUAACAAGAAACACUACAUUUGGUUUAACAAGCAACUCACCAAUCAUUCUUCUGAGAGUCCCCAAACUACUGACUUUGAAGAGAAAGCUCCCAGUCUGCCAUUAAGCAGGAUUGUCAAUGUUCCAAUUAAUUACUAAAGCAAACAAUAAAACAAUGUGAACUUUACACUGAAAUGUGAACUGACAUAGUAAAUUAUGCAAAUGUGAAGCUUCUGAUAACACUUGUUAGACCUCUGACUGGCUUCAGUCUCUGUAAAAUCUAUUUCAUGCUUUCAGUUCAGCAUUGUGACUCAGUACUUCAAGAAAUGGCACAAAUGUGCAUGACCAAUGGGUUUCUAUGUCUAUGAACACUGCUUAUUUCAGGUGGACAUUUUAUUGUUUUCCAAAGUUUCUCACAAUGUAUGUUAUAGUAUUAUUAUUAUAUAUUGUGCUCAAAUGCAUUCUUAAGAGACUUUUAUAUGAGGUGAAUAAACAAAAGCAUGAUUA